AUGCAAAUUUUGCCCAGGGAGAGGACUGGGAGGAGGAGGAAGAAGAAUAAGGUGCUGCUCACUGCAACUUUACUGUACUUUGACACGGUCCAGACGCACCAGGAACAAGAGGUAGAAAGUAGCAAAAUCCAGACGUUGUUGUUUUACUCGUCACUUGAAUGUUUAGGUAAAGCAAACAAAGCUGCAAAGAGCACCCGACGAACGAGUUUGCACAAGUGUGCACUUUGCCCGAGUUCGGCCACAACAGAGAGCGAGGAUCUCCAGUUCAGAGUGGACUUUUUCCGCAAGUUGGGUUUCUCCUCCACGGACCUUAGGGCGGCGCUCUCCAAGCUGGACGACCACGCGGACACCAACUCGGUGCUGGAGGAGCUGGUUCGGAACCGCAGCGGGGCGACUAAUGGCGGCGAGGAUAGGAGCGCAGAUGAUGGUCCGUCGGCUCCCGAUCAUGGGUUCGGACCACCCGGAAUGUCGCCCGGCGAGGCGGGUGGAGAGUCUGAGUUGAGGCCUGUGGUUAUUGAUGGUAGCAACGUAGCCAUGAGUCACGGCAACAGGGAAGUGUUCUCUUGCCGAGGCAUCCAACUAGCUGUCAACUUCUUCCUGAGGAGAGGCCACAACGCCAUCAAGGUGUUUGUUCCAUCUUGGCGCAGAGAACACAGCCGACCGGACGCUCCGGUCACUGAUAAACACAUCCUGGCAGAGCUGGAAAAAAUGCAGGUACUCGUCUUCACUCCGUCUCGCCGCGUCCGUGGGAGGCGAGUGGUCUGCUACGACGACCGCUUCAUCGUCAGGUUGGCGUGCGAGACGGGCGGCGUGAUCGUGUCCAACGACACCUACCCCGACCUGCAGCGAGAGAGGCCCGAGUGGAAGCAAUGCAUCGAGGAGCGCCUCCUCAUGUACUCCUUUGUCAACGACAAGUUCAUGCCCCCGGAUGACCCUCUUGGCCGUCACGGUCCCAACCUUGACAACUUCCUCAGGACAAAGCCUUUACCGACAGAGCAAAAGAAACAACUCUGUCCGUACGGCAAAAAAUGCACUUACGGUGUGAAAUGUAAGUUCUACCACCCAGAGCGGGCCAACCAGUCCAACCAGUCGUUGGCCGAUGAACUGAGGAAAAAAGCCCAGAUUUGCACCGAGAGUGAGGAGAUAUCCUUGCUUCACAAACAAUCUCCGUCCGGCGCAAAUUUCCGUCCCCAGGAGUUCUACAGAGACCCCAAACUAGACCAGCUGAGGUACUCACAUCCCGCUCAGGUUAGUGAAACCAAAAUCUUGUACCGGAGAGGUCCAGGAACCAGUCUAAACCAAGUGCCCUCCAAUAAGGAAUGUUCUGGGCUGAACUUCAUCCCCUAUCAUUACCAUGCCAGCACCUUCUAUGAGUACUUGGACUCUGGCCUUGGCUCCGAUGAGAGCCAGUACUCUGAUGUCAGGAACUCCCACCGGUCCGUACAGUCCUGCCCGUGCUGCUCACACCUUAGAAACCUGGACUCUGCAGGUCAAUACUUCAGCCCGGCUCAGAACCACAGCCUACCCGUCCGUAGUCCAUACACCGGAGCCCUUCAUUGUAAACAACGUUACAACUCGGAACCUAUUCACGGGCUACCCCAAGCCAAAAGAUGUCCUCCUCAGCCUGGAUCAGUCCCAGACAGCUCUUGCUGUUCUUGCUGGAACCAAGAGUACUUCCCUUGGGGUCAAUGCCAUCACUUUCCGGCUGCGUUUGACCUGCGCGUGGUGGUGUAUGGUGACGGACAUGGUCCCACAUGUCAUGGUUGCAGAGAAGCUGGCUGCAGAGCUCCUCAUCCAGAAAACCCAGACUGGGAUCUUGUAGAAUCUUCUUGUCCCUCACAUAGGUACUGUUACAAGCUUCCAUAGCAAGGCUAUCCAGACCUGUUGAACCAAGGACCACGUUCCAAAAAACCAACGGAUGCAGGGACCCCUUUGUCAGUCUUCAGAGUGGUGGUUAGAAAAUAUACUAAAAUCCAUCCCAGGUACAGUAGGUCAAGAUACUGUAAGCUGAGCAGUUAAAUAUACUGUACAUACAAAAUAGUUUAUUACACUUUUCUCUUUUUUUAUGUAAAUAUUUUAUUAUUUGAUUCUCUGAUCUGAUUAUCCAAAUAUACAUGAAUGUUAUAUAAGACACUAUCAAUCAAUCAAUGUUUAUUUAUAUAGCCCCAAAUCACAAAUGUCUCAAAGGACUGCACAAAUCAUUACGACAACAACAUCCUCGGAAGAACCCACAAAAGGGCAAGGAAAACUCACACCCAGUGGGCAGGGAGAAUUCACAUCCAGUGGGACGCCAGUGACGAUGCUGACUAGGAGAAACCUUGGAGAGGACCUCAGAUGUGGGCAACCCCCCCUCUGUAGGGGACCGAAAGCAAUGGCUGUCGAGCGGGUCUAACAUGAUACUGUGAAAGUUCAAUCCAUAGUGGCUCCAACACAGCCGCGAGAGUUCAGUUCAAGCGGAUCCAAGACAGCAGCGAGAGUCCCGUCCACAGGAAACCAUCUCAAGCGGAUCAGCAGCGUAGAGAUGUCCCCAACCGAUACAGGCGAGCGGUCCAUCCUGGGUCCCGACGAGCGGUCCAUCCUGGGUCUCGACUCUGGACAGCCAGUACUUCAUCCAUGGUCAUCGGACCGGACCCCCUCCGCAAGGGAGGGGGGGACAUAGGAGAAAGAAAAGAAGCGGCAGAUCAACUGGUCUAAGAAGGAGGUCUAUUUAAAGGCUAGAGUAUACUACAUUUUGAUUAAUAUUUUUUGACAUAUCAAAUUUUAAUUCGUUAUUUAAUACAAAUCCUAAUUAUCCUAAUACUAUGUAAGUAUUAGCAACAUUUAAAUUGUUUUAUUUUUAGUGUGGCUUUCCUUGUUUUAUUUACUCUUCUGAUGCAGCUUGUCCUUAAUGUUAUUAUUGAAUAUAUUAUUAUUAAAUGCAUCAAUCCAGAAAAUGGAUUUUGGACAUAUUUGCCAACCCUUCCGGAUUUGUAUAUACAUUAUACUAUUAUAUAUAUAUAUGUGUAUGUAUAUACAUUAUACAAUAUAUAUGUGUGUGUGUGUGUGUGUGUGUAUGUGUACAGUUCUGAAAUUAGUAUACUUGUAUGGAUAUUAAAUACAUGUGUAAUGUAAUUGGAUAAUAAUCUAAAUAAAUGUUAUACCGAAAUCACUA